CUGGACCCCACUUUCCUUCCUUUCCUUUUUUUCCCUUUCUCAGCUUCUGCAAUCGUUUGUAAAUUAACAAAAGUCAUUCACUGGCUUGGAAAAAAGCUUCUGCAAUCGUUUAGACCCGACAAAUCUAUCCACUCCUCCUCCUCCUCCUCCUCACUUCAAUCUAACCCUCCCCCCAGAAUCUUAAAUGUAAGGCUCUUGCUAAAUAUACAUAUAAACCCACGAAAGAAAAAAGCCCCUUAAAGGGGUAAAAACAAAAAGACCAAACAAAAAAAAAGAAGCGAAGCCUACUCUGCUCCAGCUGAGUGAAAAAAAAAAGUUUUGGUUUUCUAUGGCGGACAACGGGGAAGAGAAGUUGAUAGCGGUGGCGCGCCACAUAGCUAAGACUCUGGGUGGUCAUACUGAUAAUAUGACUGACGAUGAUAUCCUCAAAAUCUUCUCCAACUUCGACGGAAGGUUGCGCGAGAAAUUAACUGAUAACCUCCCUGGCGAGGACCCCACCGCUUCUGCUAAAUUUGAGCACAUCCUCAAGCCCCUCCACCGUCAGAUCUCCAGUUACGUGGCUGCCGACCACCCCAUUUGGGCUGACUCCAGCGACGCUGCUUCUUUCCUUGGCGCUGUUGACGAAUUAACCGCCCUAACUCGUGAAUGGUCUCCCAUGGGUCACGAUAAGUCCGUCUCCUCCUUCCUCGACCGGGCUGAUGACUUGCUCCAGCAAGCUAUGUAUCGGCUUGAGGAUGAGUUUAAAACCCUAAUGGAACUGGGGACUGAGUCGUUUGACGUGACUCGGCUCCGGGACGGUGAGUCAGCAAACCCCAACUACGCAUCUGACACCGACGAAGAAGAAUUUGACGGCGAAGGGAGUGAAAUCCCAGUUGCCCAUCCGGUCUCCGACUACGAUAUCGUCAUCGACGCGCUCCCGGGCGGAACAAUCGACGACCUACACGAGAUCGUUAAACGGAUGGUGGCUGCCGGGUACGGAAAAGAGUGCUCCCACGUUUACAGCACGUGCCGGAGAGAAUUCUUGGAGGAGAGCUUCUCGAGAUUGCAGUUGCAGAAGUUUAGCAUCGAUGAGAUUCAUAAAAUGCAGUGGAGUGAGAUCGAAGAUGAGAUUGAUAAAUGGAUUAAGGCCAUCAAUGUAGCGCUAAGGAUACUUUUCCCGAGUGAACGCCGCCUCUGUGACCGCGUAUUCUUUGGAUUAUCCUCUGCUGCUGACCUCUCAUAUAUGGAGGUCUGCAGAGGAUCCGCUAUUCAGCUGUUGAAUUUCGCGGAUGCGGUUGCUAUUGGGAGCCGUGCCCCAGAGAGAUUGUUCAAGGUUCUUGAUGUUUAUGAAACUAUUAGGGACUUAAUGCCUGAAUUCGAAUUGAUAUUUUCAGAUCAGUAUUGCGCGUUGUUGAGAAAUGAGGCGGUUACUAUCUGGAAGAGGCUUGGUGAGGCUAUAAGAGGCAUAUUUAUGGAAUUGGAGAAUUUGAUUCGUCGUGAUCCGGCAAAGGCUGCCGUCCCUGGUGGCGGACUUCAUCCAAUCACGCGGUAUGUGAUGAAUUAUCUCCGUGCAGCGUGUCGAUCCCGGAUUACUUUGGAGCAAGUUUUUGAGGACAGUCUUGCUCCCCUGGGGGCUAGUGGGGAUUAUAUGAAAGGGGAUGAGAGAGGGUUAUCUGCGUCUUCGUCGCUGGCAGUACAGAUGGCGUGGAUUAUGGAGUUGUUAGAGAGUAAUUUGGAGGCCAAGUCGAAGAUUUAUAGGGACUCUGCUUUGUGUUCUGUUUUUAUGAUGAAUAAUGGGAGAUACAUUGUUCAGAAGGUGAAAGAUAGUGAGUUAGGAUCGCUUUUAGGGGAUGAUUGGAUUCGCAAACACAGUACAAAAGUUAGGCAGUGUCAUGGGAAUUACCAGAGGAGUUCAUGGAACAAGGUUUUGGGAGUUUUGAAGAUUGAUAACAGUGCGUCGUCUCCGAAUGGAGCAUCAAAGAGCUUGAAGGAAAAGCUCAAGUUGUUCAAUACGUACUUUGAGGAGACUUGUAGGGUUCAAUCCAGUUGGGUGAUUUUUGAUGAUCAGUUGAGAGACGAACUAAGGGAAUCUGUUGCAGGGAAUCUGUUGCCAGCUUACCGCAGCUUCCUUGGAAGGUUGCGGAGUAGCCUGGAGUUUGGAAAGCAUGCAGAUAGACACAUUAAGUACAGCGAUGAAGACAUGGAGGCUCGGAUUAAUGAUUUGUUUAAUGGAAAUGGUGGAUCAGGCGGUGGCAGGAAAUGAGAGCAUGCCAUAGUAAGCAAGUAGUAGUUUGCUUUGUUGUAACUGGUGAAAUGUAUGUAUGCAAGUGUAGUCAACAAAACUAUACGUUGUAUGUGCAUGUAAAAUUGGUUAUUUGUAGUGAUUAUUCUGCUGUCAUCUGUUUGUAUACAGACAAUAUAUUGGCGUUUUAGCAGAGAUCAAUGAGAGUUGCAGACAUUAUGAUAA